UCCCAUUUCCUCUCCUCAUCAAAAAUAAUCACUCACUCAUUCUCUCAGCUUUUCAAUUCAUAACAAUGGCGUCCGAAAAAGUCGAGACUGUUAUAGCCGGAAACUAUGUCGAAAUGGAGAGAGAAGAGGGUGUUGAUGGUGCCAAGUCAACAAAUCAAAUGGGCAAACUAUCCAAGAUUUUCUGGCAUGGUGGCUCAGUCUAUGAUGCUUGGUUUAGCUGCGCUUCUAACCAGGUUGCUCAAGUGCUUUUGACACUGCCGUACUCUUUCUCCCAGCUGGGGAUGUUGUCUGGAAUACUAUUUCAGCUGUUUUAUGGGUUAAUGGGGAGUUGGACUGCUUAUCUUAUUAGUGUACUCUAUGUUGAGUACAGAACUCGAAAGGAGAGGGAGAAAGUCGAUUUCAGAAAUCAUGUCAUUCAGUGGUUUGAAGUACUAGAUGGGCUCCUGGGAAAACACUGGAGGAAUAUCGGCCUCUUUUUCAACUGCACAUUUCUUCUGUUUGGAUCUGUUAUUCAGUUAAUUGCCUGUGCAAGUAACAUCUACUACAUAAACGACAAUUUAGACAAGAGAACUUGGACGUAUAUAUUUGGAGCCUGCUGUGCAACCACUGUCUUCAUUCCUUCCUUUCAUAAUUAUAGAAUCUGGUCGUUUUUGGGUCUUAUUAUGACAACUUACACAGCAUGGUAUCUCACAAUUGCUUCUCUUAUCCAUGGACAGGUUGAGGGAGUGAAGCACUCUGGCCCAACAAAAUUGGUUCUUUACUUUACUGGGGCUACCAACAUUCUCUACACUUUUGGUGGACACGCUGUUACAGUGGAGAUUAUGCAUGCUAUGUGGAAGCCACAAAAGUUCAAGUUAAUCUACUUGGUUGCUACAAUCUAUGUGCUCACCCUAACUUUACCAUCGGCUUCUGCUGUUUAUUGGGCUUUUGGAGACCAUCUUCUGACACAUGCCAAUGCUUUUUCUUUGCUUCCAAGAUCUGGUUUUAGAGACACAGCCAUCGUACUCAUGCUCAUUCAUCAGUUUAUAACAUUUGGGUUUGCUUGCACACCAUUGUACUUCGUGUGGGAAAAGUUUAUUGGAGUGCAUGACACAAAGAGUGUGUUGAAAAGGGCCCUAACUAGACUCCCUGUGGUGAUCCCCAUAUGGUUCUUGGCCAUCAUAUUCCCAUUCUUUGGGCCCAUCAACUCAACCGUUGGCUCCCUUCUCGUCAGCUUCACCGUCUAUAUUAUUCCUGCCUUAGCUCACAUGGUCACCUUUUCCUCUCCUGCUUCUCGUGAGAAUGCUGUUGAGAGACCACCAUCAUUCCUAGGAGGAUGGACAGGGUUAUACUCAGUGAACAUGUUUGUAGUAGUGUGGGUUUUGGUAGUGGGAUUUGGGUUCGGAGGGUGGGCAAGCACACUCAACUUUGUUCAACAAGUUAAUACAUUUGGUUUGUUUACAAAGUGCUAUCAAUGCCCACCUCAUAAGGCUUGAGUAUUUCGUACGUACGUAGAUCCCCUUUUUUUUUGCUAAUAUAUAUUAAACAACUUAAUUUACGCAAAUUAAUUAAUGAUACACAUAUAUGCAAGUGUGUAAAGAGUUUCUCAUUUGUACCCUUUUUCCUUUUUUGAGUUUUUUUUUUCCUUGUAAGAUCUAUUGUUGAUUGUUUUCAGCAUGAAAGGUAUGAUGGCAAUUACCAUAUGGCCAGCCUUUUAUACAGAUCAUCUCCACAGUAGUACUUUGUGUGUUAAUUUUUUUUCCCUCUUACUAUUACAAAGGGAGUUGUAUGUAAUUUAAUUUCUUUUUCGUGAAGCUAUAUAUAUAUGUAACUCCCUUGGUUUCUUUAUGGGAAACUAGUUUAUUAAAGUUACCAAGCUACUA